UAGUAUUGAGGUAUCAGACCCGGGGGAGGAGUAUGUGAUGUCAUACAACCUAAGGGGGCUGGCCCUCAUCUUCAACCAGGAAUACUUCUCGCCAGAGCUCCACCUCCCUCAUCGCCAUGGUACCAAAGCUGACAAGAACAACCUCUUGCGACGACUAGAGGAGCUAAGUUUUGCUGUGAGGCCAUAUGACAACCUGACCAGACAGGAGGUACUGGCUGUCAUAAACGAUGCUGUGAACUGGAGCCAUACGGAGGCAGAUUGUUUCCUGUGUGUGUUUCUGAGCCACGGGGAGAAUGAGUGCGUGUUCGCUAGAGACGGCAAACUCUCCAUCCGAGACUUGACACACACCUUCAAAGGAGACCGCUGUCCUAGUCUGGUGGGCAAGCCCAAGAUCUUCAUCUUCCAGGCGUGUCGUGGGGAUAAACAUGACGAGCCAGUCAGUCCUAUAGUAGACGUGGUGGACUGUGAGGUUCAUGCUAACCAGCUGGUUGUGGACGCUGGGACGGUACACACACUUCCUGCUGGAGCGGACUUCCUGAUGUGCUACUCUGUGGCCGAGGGUUAUUUCUCCCACAGAGAGACGUUGAAUGGAUCGUGGUACAUCCAGGACCUAUGUGAAGUGCUCCAGGAGUACGGAACGCGGCUGGAGAUCACAGAGAUGAUGACGCUAGUUAACCGCCGGGUGUCGCUGCGACGCGUAGAGAACUGUGCCGACCGCAACGCCAUCGGGAAGAAACAGGUUCCCUGCUAUACCUCUAUGCUCACAAAGAAACUGUACUUCAGAUCCAAGAAGCUCUGAGACAAGAUGGCAACUUUACUUCAGAUCCAAGAAGCUCUGAGACAAGAUGGCAACUUUACUUCAGAUACAAGAAGCUCUGAGACAAGAUAGCAACUUUACUUCAGAUCCAAGAAGCUCUGAGACAAGAUAGCAACUUUACUUCAGAUCCAAGAAGCUCUGAGACAAGAUAACAACUUUACUUCAGAUCCAAGAAGCUCUGAAACAAGAUAGAAGACAAGAUACUCAUAUGAACCUCUAACACAGAUUUAUGUCUCAAUUCAAUCCUUAGCGCUGGAGCCCUUACAAUACUGUACCAGAUUCAAGAUACUCAACUGAGGCAAGACAUUCUACAUUAUCUACUCCCGGGUCAAAACAAGACAUUCUACAUUAUCUACUCCCGGGUCAAAACAAGACAUUCUACAUUAUCUACUCCCGGGUCAAAACAAGACAUUCUACAUGAUCUACUCCCGGGUCAAAACAAGAUAUUCUACAUUAUCUACUCCCGGGUCAAAACAAGACAUUCUACUCUACAGAAUCAAGACACUGAACAAAGAUAUUCUGAGACACUAAAAAACUAAAUAUAUUUUUACAAGAUCAAGAUACUGCACUAAGACAAGAUACUCCACUACCAAUUCGCAAUUAUAGAGGUCCUAUUAAAUCACUAGGGGGGGGGGGGGGUAUGCUGUGUUAUAAACCCUCAAAGUUCCAG